AUGAAAACAAGUACCCUUGUUAUAUUGUGCCUAUCCUUUAUAUUGCUUAGCGUUCUCAUUAUAUCAAUAUCAACGGAAUCGAAUUUGCUCAUUACACCAAACACUACCAUAUAUACGAACUUUACCUAUACAGAGAGUACACAAAAUACUACAUUUUCCCAAUCACAACUUUAUGCAAUUGACAUUCAAUUUUAUGACGACGGAACAACUCUAAUCCACCUUGUUAGUGAUGAUCCAAUAAACUCAUUUUGCUUUGAACCUAUAUUUCGCAUAAGAAUUAUCCAUUUAAAUGGAUCAGUCACUGAAAUUAAUCCUGAUUUAAAUCUUGAUUCUGUGAAUUAUUGUUUAUUUAACGGCACAUUUACUGGAAAAAUGAUGAAUCCUAUUUCAAUACGGCCUUUAAAACAACCAUUUAUAUUAGUGAGUUAUUUGAAUGGUACAGAUUAUUGGGGUGCUGUUCUUAAUUGGAACGGUGAAAAAUUAAGCAGUAUUUCCCUGGAUUCAUUCACUAAUUUUACCUCUUUUACGUCAUUGGCCACCGCUGAUGAAGGUUAUGCAAUAUUGUAUGCCAAAUAUUCAGUCAAUGAAACCAAUUUUAUGAGACCACUUGGCGGACUGUAUGCCAGCUUUAUAGCCUACAACAAAACAUCUACGGGCAACCCUAUUCUUCUCUUUCAAGUAACUAGAACUGAAAUGAAAAUUAAUGCAGUUCAUUGUAAUGCACUUUUUGGAUUUUGUUACUAUUGUGUUGCUUCCAUCAUCUACAACAACACGGUGUACUAUGAAGAAAUUCCAUUUUGCUCAGAAACAACUGUAGCACCCGAGCAAUUGCUCAAUACUCCCAACGAAACUAGUGUGCCCUGGAGUGUAUCUUCAACACCUAUCGGUGGAUACGUAUUUUCUGCUGUGGUUAAUGCCACUUGCUUUAUUUAUAUCUAUGACGUUGAUCAUUAUUUUAAUUAUUCGAAAGUUAAUUUGACAUAUUUUAAUGCAACUGGUAUUGGCGCAUAUAACAUCUUGAAAAAUAAUAAUACCUUUUUAUUCUCUCUACGAGAAACAAAUAGUAAAAAUACAACUUGGUCUUUGCUUGCUGUUCAGUUACCUAAAACACCAGAUUGUAUGCAUAUAAAUGCUUAUUUAUAA